GUAACUUCAAAAUAUAUAGUCUUGCUUUCUUUCCAUUGAAUGUUUUGUUUAUAUUUCACUAUGUGUGAGGAGAUUCGUAUUUUCGGUCACUAGGAUGGCGGGUGAUAAUACUGAGAUAGACCUGUAUGAUAAUAUUGAUGAGGAUUUCGUGCAGGAAUGUACUGAUCUCACAGAGUUAUAUGACGAUGUUAUCGCACCAAUUAAGUCUGAAAAUUCUUCAGGCGUUCCAUCAAUGGCCAUUAAGCACUCCUACAGCUCUUCAGCUCAUCCAGGGCGCCGUGUAUCAGUCUAUGUCGGUAAUUUAACUUGGUGGACAACAGAUUUAGAUUUACUAGAAGCAGCAUCAGGUGUCGGCAUUAACGAUGUUAUUGAAAUAAAGUUUCACGAAAACCGACAAAAUGGUCAAUCCAAAGGGUUUUGUGUAAUGGUUUUCGGGUCAGAACAGUCCAUGCGCCUGGCUAUGGACAAAUUUCCAAAAAUCGAUCUCCACGGCCAAAAUCCUGUUGUCACAAGCUAUACAAAGCACAAUCUUAGCGUUUUUGAAAAAGCAGCUGGUAGCGACAACCAGGCUACUGCUCGACCUCGCACCGAAGAAUUGCAGACAAUGAAGGUGUCUGGAGCAGGCACCACUGGUGUUUUGGGUAACCGCUUACCGCCUCCAUUAAUGGCUACACCUACUAUGCCUGCAUCACUUGGAUUCAGUGUACGCAAUAACAGUCCUUUGAUGGGACAAGUCGUCCCAAACGUUCGCAACGCAGCAAAUUUAUCAUCUAGUAUUCAACAAGCUCUUGCUAAUCACAAUGCACACUCUGGCUUAAGCGGAAAUUCAAACCUAAACCAAUUACCUUUAAACUUCCCCGGUUCUACCAGCGUUCUAAUGCCUCCGAGUGGCCUAUCAACAGCAACUUUAGCAGCAAAUGCUACAGGACUAUUACCCUCAAACUUCACUCUCCCUAGCACAAUUGCGACAUCACUCGCAACAAAUGCUCAUGUCAACCCGAAUUUUUUAACACAACAAGUGCCAGGAAACCCUCCAAUGUUACCAAAUUCUUUACCACCUGGUGUGAUGCAGUUGCCUACUCAGAACAAUGACUCUAGUAUAAGACCACAGUUUGAUCAUUACGGAAGACCGGUCAUUCAUACUUACACUCCUCCUGUUCCAGGAAAGCUCUCUGAAUCGGAGUUCGAAGAUAUUUUGCAGAGGAACAAGACAGUCUCCUCAAGUGCUAUUAACAGAGCCGUACAGGAUGCUGCUGGUGGUGAUUAUGCAAGUGCUAUUGAAACAUUAGUAACUGCAAUAUCUCUUAUCAAACAGUCAAAAAUAGCUAAUGAUGACCGAUGCCGGAUUCUGAUCAACUCUCUUCAAGAUACUUUACAUGGUAUUGAGUCGAAGUCUUAUGGCGCUAAGAGCAGUAGUCGAAGACGUCGUCGUUCGUAUAGCGAUAGUGGCAGUGACGGUGGAGAAGGGAAUUACAAUAGUUCUAUCAGUGGUAGUGGUAAUAACAAUUCUCGUCGUCACAGAGACAGAAAUCAUAGGUCUCGAUCUCGUGACCGGCACGAUCGACAUGAACGUCACGAUCGCCGCAGACAUUCUCGUGAAAGAGGAUCUGGAAGUGGCAAUACUUACUAUGGGAUUGGAUCCAAUCUUCCUCUUCCUAGUGGGUCUGGUUUGUCUGGAAUCCAAUCAGUGGAUGGUUCCGGUCAAACGUGUGCUGGAAGUCUUGGGGGUAGUGCAGAUCGGUAUCGAGACAGUCGAUACAGACAUUAAUCUUAGUUAUGUACUCCUCUCAAUUGCCAACUUGGUGACCAGUGUAGCAGUACUUCUGUUUUCUAAUUAGUUUUUCAAUACAUCAUUUGUUCUCCCAAAUCAUCUGGUUGUACAGUUUGGUCAUAUUUCAAUAAUCAUUGACUCACUUCAUUGCUGCUAGCUUUUAUGUUCACUGUUUUCGUUGUAUUGGUAUAAUUGGAGCUCAGGAGUGUAACAGGCAAGUGAAAUCCUAUAAUAUAUGUUUAUUCAAUCUUUUUAGCUUGUCCACUUACUCAGUGAUCCGGUUACCAUUGGUGCUUAGUUUUGGUUGUAUUUGUAAUUAUCAUUUUGUACAUUGUAAUCUUGUUAUUCCUUUUCGCUGUACUGUUUUGUAUACAUCACUUGUUAUUGAUUACGUUUUGGUUGCAUGUACUGACAGCUCUUUGAUAUAGAAUGACCAUCAGUUAACUAUUGGAUGAGUGUAUAUCCGAUUUGAUUAAUGUUGCUAACUUCUCCCUUGAUAAUUAUGUAGAUAUUUUCCUAGAUAACUUCAUUCACUGUACAUUUUCAAUCCCUCCUGUUCCUAUAAAGUGUGUAUAGUUUCUGUAUAUUAUUAAGACAAAAAAUUGUUUAAUAUGGCAUUGUAAAGCUGGUGUUCAUAUUUCUGUAUAUAUCAGCUGUUCCAUAUGUUGUAAACAGAUACUGAGAAUCGACGUGGAAAGUCUUGAAUGUACUUGUUUGAUUUCGCUGUAAAUAGUUUUUAUCUAAAACGUUUCUGGUUCCUCAUCAUACCACUUGUAUAUAAUAGACUGAUUGAUGCCCCAUACCUUUGUAUAUAUAAAUAUCAAUAUGCUGAUUUUUACAUACCAUGUAAACAAUUUUUUUAAAAAUAAAAUAUAUUACUAGUCUUCUUAAUGAAUAUACUCAACCUAAAUGUGUCUGAUUAUGUCUUUUAUCGUCUCGACUAUCUAACUCUGUUUUUUCUUCCUUUUCAGAUGUACAGUGGUCGUUUCAAAUCGAGUCUAAAUUAUUGUCCUAAUUAAAAAAAUAUACUUAUCAUUGUAUC